GAUGAAUUCAACACUUAGGCCUGAUUAGAUUAUUUAUUUUGGAACUUCUAAUACACCAAAAAUUCCAUGUCGAUUUCAUGAGGACUAUUUUAUUCAAAAUUUUUGCAAGAAACAGUAUUACAAUUGAAUAAUACUUUUAGAGAAUGCAGUUUACCAAUGUGUCCUGAAUGUAUAAAGAUUCAUUCAGAGGAACAUGAGCAAGAAAGAGUAACAAGUGAUAUUGAUCUAUUCUCUAAUUGCUUGACUGAAUAAUAUAAUAAGUCAUUAGAAUAUCUUAAUCUUUGGGCAAAUGAUGUUUAAGAAUCCAGUAAUUUUUCAGAAGAGGUAGAAAAGGCAUAAAAAGUAAGUUACAUUCAUAUAAUUUAUAGUUUUAGCUCUAAAAGUUUUAAGAAGCUAAGUAGCAAUUUUAUAAGGCCAUAGAUGAUUAUUUUAGAAUGCUUGAAUCAACGAUUAUAAAUGAAACUUAAAAAUCCACUUAGGAUUUAAUUAAAUUGGUUAGAUCCAGACAUAGAAUUGAAUAUUUGGAAUGGAAAACCUUACAUGAAAAUUUACUUAAACUUAAUUCAGAAAAAGUAAUUAAAACUUAUUAAAUAUAGUGUUUACCUCCAUUAAUAUAAAUAUAUUCAGAUCCAAGAUAAACACCUUAAGCAAUAUAUUAAAGAAAUCAUUAGGAACAUAUUGAAUAAUUGAAUAAAUUAAAGCUCAAUAUUAGAUAAGUGAUUGUUAAUGAUAAUCUAAACUAAAUUUUUGUAUUAUUAAAAUAAUACAUAAAUUUAUCACCUGUUGUAUAAGAUUCCUAAAUUUAAUAAAUAUAAAUAGCAAACACUGUUUAACCAAUUAUAUAAACUCAACCAAUUAUAUAAACUUAACCAAUUAUAUAAACUUAACCAAUAGUGUAAACUUAACCUAUUGUAAAUUAAGCAAUAAAUAACAAUAAAUAUUAAUCAAGAGUUAUAUAGCCUUUUAGUGCCAUCAGAGAAUACACACCUUUAUAGCCUGUUUUGUAUUAAUAAACACCAAUAGUUCCAAUAGAACCUUUACAACUUUAUCCUUAGCAGUUUUAUCAUCAAAAUCCUGUUUUAUAAGAACCUAUGCCAAUGCCAGUUAUGCCAAUUUAAUAAUCAACUCCCCCUUAGAUCAUAAGAUCUCCAAAAAAACUUGUACAACCAAUUGUUGAAGCAGGGGUUUUAAAUGGACAAUUAAGAGAAACAAUGGCACAAAGAUAUUAUGAUUAAAUGUUAAAAAAUGAAAUAAAAUGA